UCUCUCUGCCAGGUUGAGAGGGGAAUGUGAAAGUGAGAAAUUCAACAAGGUAACCAGGAAAUAGGACAAGCACAGCGACGUCCAGUCUGAUGGCGUUUCAGAAGCCCUAACUUUCUUUGACAAAAGAGAAGACUUUUGUUACACGAGCUCGUCAAGUUCAGGUUUGUUGCCGCGUGACAAAGAGCAUCACAGCGUCCUGUGUUUGCAGUGGAGGUUAAAAGGCUGUUGGUGGACAGUACAAUGAGAGAAGAGGUGUCCUGCACCAACUCCCCUGAAGGAGGUCUGGGGGCCAGCGAGGAGGAACUGGAAAGGGGAUCGAAGAAGUCCCACCAGCAAGGAAAUCGAAAACGUUCCCCUUACCCCAAGAAGGACAGCCUCGGUCAGGCAGAGGAGAGCAGCACCGGCAGCCCCAACAGCCUGCUGCCGUCUGGGCCGAAGAGGCCGAAGAAAAGCCCUUCGACGGUUGUCUCGUUGGCCCCCACGUCGCUGGGCCCCAGGCUGGACCAGCCCUUCGAGGACCUCCACUCUCAGCGUGUCAUCGCCAACGUGCGGGAGCGUCAGCGCACUCAGUCCCUGAACGACGCCUUCGCCUCUCUACGCAAGAUCAUCCCCACGCUACCUUCAGACAAGCUGAGCAAGAUCCAGAUCCUAAAGCUGGCCUCGCGCUACAUCGACUUUCUCUACCAGGUGCUGCAGAGCGACGAGAUGGACGCCAAGCUGGCCAGCUGCAACUACCUGGCCCACGAAAGACUGAGCUACGCCUUCUCCGUCUGGAGGAUGGAGGGGGCCUGGGCCAUGUCCACCAGCCACUAGGAUCCCUUCGAACUUCUCUCCUAAAUCCUCUCGUGUCCACAUCUUCACCCCACCGCCUCUGUCUGUGUUUGCACCCAUUUCCUGACCUCUGAACCUCUGAAUGCUUCCCUUUCGGUUCUGAUCUUAACCCUUUCAUCUCAAACCAUUGCACACCCGCUCCGUCUAUGUGCUCCACAAUGGUUCAUUCCAUCGCCGUCAGUGUUAACAUCCACAGUUGGAUCAUUGCAACUAAAACCUCUCUCGGUUCACUCUGUUCCCCUCUAUUCUUUCCGCUUCCACUGCCCUCCCUUGUCUGUCCCACAGUUUAGUCCAGUGCAACAAGACGCUCCACUGCAGCCCAUCAGAAAACCGACAAAUGGAAAAUUCUCUACACUCAAAGAAGAAAUGUGUCCCUGCCUCACCAGACGAACCCCAACGUUUAAUCUCUGAACCAAACCGAAACCUUUUCUCCUCCUCUGGGCACGUGCUCGACUCACGACACUGAGAUGAAUCCCUGCAGCUUGACUCUCUACAGUUUUCACUUUGUGUUUCCGAAGCACCGGCAAGGAGACGUGACAGUCAAGCUCUGAACACUUUGAAUGAUGAAAACAUGAACAAAACAAACAAAACAGCUGGCCUGCGUUGACAAUGAAACAAAAUGGCUGCUGGUUCGAGUGCCUCGGGUAACACCGUGAUAACCAUCAUCCACCCUGACUCACUGCCAGACAGACAUUACGAUGACUAAUGAUAAUGGCACAGUGAUGGUUAGAGGGCGGUCACAGCCAAUGAAUGUUUACAGCUAAAAUGCUAAUAAGCUAAUCGCUCUGGCUCUCAAAGCCCCCGUCUUGUGGGAAAAAGAGGAGCAGGAGGAAUCUGACGCUGAUCUUCUACUUUGUUGUGCUGUAGUAACUGGAUAGCUUCUGGUGUGUUUUUGGGCGUUUUAAAGCGUAUCUGUAUGUGAAUCUGGUGUACGCACACUGUACUACUUUAACUCUGCUCAUGCAUCACACUUGGCUUUGAUGAAAAAUGUCCAUGGGAAAACUUUUUAAACCACUGAUCACGGUUCAGCCACUACUCCACUUCUGCUUACUCUCACUUUAAUGUUUCUGUUAUUAGUGAGCGUUGCAGAAAGCUGGAUUUUCAAAUGCGAGAUUGUCUCUUUCCUGCAGCUUUAAGAAAUAUCUUUACAAACUUGCUGUGAGCAUUUAUACUGAAUAAUGCAAAACUUAAAGCAGAUCGUUUCUUGUAAAAUGUGUCAAAGUGGUGAUGAAGUGAUUCCAGCCAUAGUAUAGAUGAUUCAUUUGAAACCAUAAGUAGUCUAAUUACUGUUUGAUCAUGUUUCUUUUGUACUGUUUUGCAUUUGCUUUUGAUAAUCUUUAUUGUGUCAGCU